AUGACGAAAAAGAAGAACAAGAAGUCUAAAGGAUCCAACUCUUCUACUUCUCAAUCAACAAGUGUAGCCACCGACGAUCCGUUCGAAGAUGAUACUUUUGUGAAAGACGAUGAUUUGACUUUAACUGAGGCCGACACAGUUAUGAUUGCGAGGUUCGUAGGAGAUUUUGGUUUUUUUGUAAUUGGGCUUACACAGUCUGAUCGCCACCACAAACAAAUCGUUCCAAAAAACGGCUGUUGCUGCUAUGGAGGUAAAAAAACGUUUUUCUGUGUUUUGAAAGCUUUUUUAAGGCCUUCAAGGGUAGAUGUCCACUCGGUCUCGGUUAUUCAAUGAUGGAAAUCUUUGAUGAAUCGGGACCUGGAUUGAAUGAUACCAUUCGUCGACUCAACAUUAUUUAUAUCCUUUUCAGGUGUUUUCAUCGUUUUUUAUUGAGAUAGUUUCUUGUUUUGAGACUGCCUGAGAUCGAAAGCGCUCUACGGACCAGCAAAGCUCCCAAAAAGCCAAAUGAGUACUAUCGCCACAUAUUUCUGCCAUUUUUCACCUAUGCGGUUUCGAAUGUCUUUUUAUCAAAUAUAUUCAGUUUUUCAAGGAAGGAGAGGCUCAUUUGGAGCACGAGUCUCUUUUAGCGAGGAUUAUCCUUUGCAAUGAAUCUCAGGCCGUAGCCAACUUGACGGUGAACGAAUUCAUCGAACGCUCGGAUUCUCUUGUAAAUUUCAAGAGUUUUCUCGAUAUUGUUGAACUUUUUCAGAAGCAUUAUCGUUGUAAUCACGAAGAAGUCUUCAAAUGGGAAAAUGAAAAUAAUAAAAUGUGGCCCGAACUUCCAGAAAAAGGCAUUCCACUGCCUAUUCUCCACAGCGCUACGAGCUGGUAAGUUUUUAGAUCAAUAUAUGUCAGCGAAAUGAUCAUUCAUUCAUACCCUAAAAGUCCGAAUCGGUGAGAGUUUGUAUUUUAAAAAAAAAAUGCGUCAAAAUGUUUUAAAAGUUGUCUGAGUAUCAUAAAGUUCGCAUUUUUUUGCUCUUUCACAUUGAAAUAAUCGAAAUGAAAUUUCAGUCCACGAGAAGUCGUUGACGCCUCAGCUCAAUAUGCCUUCGAAUGCGUUUAUCCCUACAUUCCGACCGUCAUUCCUGACAAAAUGCCAAUUAUGCUCACCGAGGUAUUUUUUCUCUUUUUUUUUUGAACUUUCCGUUUCUAAAAAAAGCCUCCUCCGGUUCAAAGUUAGCUCAAAAAUCAUCAGAACUCGAGUAAACUCUGUUCAUAUUUUUGAAUAUCAGUUUCUUAUCUAUUAGGUCAAAGAGAAAUGUUAGAGAGGUUAAAAAAAUAUAUAUGUGAAUAGUCAUAACUUCCAUAUUUUCAGCGCUACAAUAAGGAACAUCAAAUGGGAUUGACGGCAGAGGAGAUCAACUACACGGACGGGAUUCAGAAGCGCUGUCUGGGCAAAAAAGAAGUGUCCGAGAAGCUUCUGUUCAUGUUCGAGUCCUUGGAGCCUGGUAGAUCUUCAAAAACGACCAAUUAUCAAUGUUUUCUUGUUCAGCCGCCGUCGCGUUUGAACAGGCGUUGAUGGAAGACAGUCCAGACGACUUUUUCCCCUCUGGUUGGUUUCAAAUGUUAUUAUUGUCGAAAAAAUGAAAUUUUCGUGUCAUUUUUAUUCUCUUAAAUUGAAUGAAUGGGAAAUUCUUGAAUCGCUUUUUUUUUUGAGUUGUUUGAGGUUGAUUAACACAUUUUCCGAGAAAAUCGUUUAACCGUUGGUACAAGAAUUUCAAGUUUUGUUUUGAGAGUUGAAAUUAUUAUCACAGUUAUUAGACAUUGUUUGUAAACUUUUAGGCUAGUUACUGUGAGGCUCCGCCCCCUCACUGGGUUACGGUAGGACUUUAAGCUAAAUUUUCUAACCUUUUUCCUAGUUGACGGAUCGACUUCAAACUUUUUUCAAAACGCAGAUAACGGUAUUUUAAAGCAUUUUCAAAUCAAAAAAUCAAAAAAAAUUUUUGAAAUGAGUUUGCAUCAGGUAUAUAUAUUACCGAACUUCAGAAUUUAUAAUUCUUUAGAUUUCUGUAUUUUCGGUUGGUGACGGAGAUUGGAGCCUGGGGUUUUGUGGAAGCUAGAAAUGCAUAUUACAAGUUGAACUAUACUCUAUUCAACUUUAGCUUGUUACAAAAUGAAAAAAAAUGCGUCUAAACCUCUAAUUUCGCCAUUCUAAUCAUCCAAUAUCUUCAAUUUUGCUUGAAUCCUGAAAUCUGAACUUUGCUUAAAGUCAAGCCAAACGAACUACAUUCUAAAUCUCUGAAAAAGGAUUUUUUUUUUUCAGAUUCUCCGACUCCAUCGGAAUUAGCGGCCGAGAAUUCCAUCUCAGCGACUGACGAAAUUACGAACUGCAUCGAGAAAUUCUUGGAAGGAAUCACUUUGGGGCAAGAUUUUCGAAAGCUGAAGAUCUUCUGAUUUUUCGAAUUUAGGCCAUUUCAAACGAGGGUCAUACAGACUUUUCUGGAAGAUGCGCCGCCUGCAGAUCCCCAUUAUCGGCUUCUGAUGGGAGCCGUUAGGGACAAGGAACUCUUGCCCAGGGUCAUGUUCAGUAAUUCUAAGGUUUCUUUUUUGAAAAAAAAUAAUAAUAAAUAAAGUUAAUUUUUAGGUCACCGCGGAAAUAAUGUCACGUCUGGUCGUCCUCGACCCCACGCAAUAUUCCAGGUUCGAAAUUAAAAACAAAAAAAUUAAGGCCUUUUUGAAAUUUCUUUCUUGAAAAUAAAAGAAAAAGCCCAAUGCAGUGUUUAAAGCGAUUCCGCGAAAUCCAAAAUAAUCGUCAGAGAAAAAAAAAGAUAAUUGAAUUUUUGAGGGCCACAGAUUCGUCUGUAAGCUUGAAAAAUUCAAUAGGGAAAAAAAAAGUCAAAAUAUUUUCAGAUUGAUCGAGUCGCUGACCCAUUUGGAAGUGGCAGUUCAACCAAUGGAAGCUUUGGUCAAGGUUUUCCCAGAAGGAAUUCAAAAAAUUGUCGUAUGUUUCUCAGAUUCUCAACAUGAAGAUGUUGUUCACGGAUCCAGACAGAAAGCCCGUUUGCGAGUACAUUCGCUACUGUAUUCGAAAAUGCGAACAGUCCGAAAAUCAUCGUCACAUUCGCCUCGUCUCCAAUCUCAUCGCCAAACUCGUCAAGGAGGGCAUUCUGCUGGCCAGGGUUAGCUUGUUGUUCCUUGCUUUUUUUCGUAGAACAUGAUCAAAAGUUCUUACCGCCCUAGAUCUGUUCAAUAACUGUUAAUUUUUCUUGAAAGUCCUGCGGAUUAAGAAUUAGAUCAUGACUCGGGUAUUUAGGAGUAGUAGACGUUUGACAUUUGAAUUUUUUUAAGAAAGUUCUCAAAAGAAAUAAGUCAGAAAAAAAAAUAGACUAAAGUCUUUUCACGGUUUCCGGCCAAUUUGAUGAUUCAAAAUUUAUUUUGUUUUUGCUUGCUUUUUUAAUCACAAAACAGCAUUAAAUGAUUUUUUAUAGUGGUAGUUCAAUGUUAUUUCUGGAUUUCUCGUGCUCAUCGAAGAAGUAUUUUUUGAAUUAACAAUGUUCCAUAUUUAUAAGGACAUAAACUUCCACGUGAGUAAGUUUUGUUAGUAGAAACUUCUUGCAAAAAAUUUGAAAAAAUUUUUUUUUUCAUAAAUUGCCUUAUUUUCGAACGAACGCCUUGAUAAAUUGUUCAUUAUCCUGUUGAGACACUACCGCUUUCAUCGUGGAAUUGAAAAAAUCCUAGUACAAGUAGAACCAAUGAAACCAUUAAGGUGAACUAACGGGUCAUGUUACAGGAAAUGUUCAAAGACGCUCGAAACUUCGCGAUGAAGUUCACGAGUAACCGCGAUGCGACGAACAUGUACACGCUAGUGUCCCAAGCAUACAGUGGAGAAGUUCAAGAUCAAAUUCGAGUUGAAUAGCUCCGUUUCCGACAAAUAUUCAAUCAGUAUCAAGCAUUCUCUUGCGUUUUUUUGUGUUUAUAUUUUAUAUUUUUUUAUUUUUUUAUUUUUUUAUUGUAGUAAUUUAUAGGUUGUCAAAUGCUAUUUUGCUAGUCCCUCUCCCGGUGACUCAAAGUUUUUCAGGCAUAUUUCAAUUCUUGUCAGAUUUCAUCAUCAUUCAGCCAUUCGUGUUGUUGAUAUAUAUUUCUAUUUGACGCGUUGAAAUGGAGAAACGGAACAGAAAUGGCUCGAAAACAGAAAAUUUCACCUUUACUCUAGGACAUUUUCCGUUUCUACAUUCAACGCGCCCUUAUAUAUACAUAAAUAUUUUCGGGUCUAAUCUGGGAAAAAAAAAGGUUGCAUGUUGUCGUAUAUUUGUAUAAUUGCAAUAAAGUUUUGAAAAAAGAAAUGAUCAUGUUUUGAAUUACCGUAAGCUUAUCGGCCGAAAUUAUUGAAAUUUUCUGAAAAAAUUUUCUCAUUCAAUCUGUUAUUUGGCCCACAAGAGAGGUAUAUCUGUUUCACGGUUGGCUAGAGCCAUCGAAAAAAGGGUCCUGACACGGAGAAAAAAGAGAUAGUGCCUUUUUUGUGGAGAGCGCAGACAGGUCACGCCCCUUACCCUUUAACUUGAGCUAGCCGUGAAUCGGCUAUAAUUAAGAGGCCCAGUUCGUAAUUAUUUGUGAUUUUUCCUAAACACUUUUUGAAUUUCCGGUAUUUCUUGAUUCAGGAGAAAGAUACGCAGGUUUCUACUUCCUUGAGCAACUUGAGCAAAUUAAUAAAUAUCUUAAACUUCAACACAUCCCGAAAAUGAAAUAAUUAAAAAAACAUUCUUUUUAUUCCGUUUGGAAAUCAUUCCAAAAAAGCAUUAUUUGUUCCUUUAAAGUCCGAAAAGAGAUUUCGGAAAAAACCAUAAACGCAAAUUUGAAGCAUGGUGGCUGCGGAACCUGAGACUUCGAGACAGUGUCUCUUCUUGGACUUUCUGCAGUCUCUUCCCGAAAAAUCGAGACUUCCGCUUCUCGGCAAGCCGUCAUGCGGUUAGAAGAUACAUGUAAUUUAAAAAAAAUAUAUGUUUGUAUGAUCCAGCUCUUUUCGUAUUUCGAAUGCUCCCUGCAAUCACUCAACAGUCAAUCGUCCAGCUCAUCUGGAACGCGAACAAUGAGUUUUUUAAUUCUAAGCUGCUUCUGAAAUUAUUUUUGUGACUUCAGAUCAAGCCUAUGGGAAAAAGUGGAACUUAUCCCUUCGUUGAAGCUUCUCCAGUCCCUUAAUAUUGUUGAUAAUGGGAGGAAUAUUGAAGCAUGAUCUCACAUUCUUUCCCAGAAUUUAUUUUGGUUUCACAGAAGUCUUUCCGAAGCGCUUACCUUUCCGCAGCAAUGAGCGGCUCAUCAAGGUGCGCGAAUCUUCGCGAGAAGCUCGUAGAAGAGAAAAAGAAACAGAAGGAUAUCGGAAAGAAGGCUUCCGAACGAUGGGAUUGUAUUCUGAGGCAAGUUUUGGGGGAAUUAGGCUAUUUUUCUACUCAUUUUUAUUUUUUGAUAUACUAGUUCUUUUAAUUUAGUUGGAUUUUUUCAUAAAAGACUUUUUUUAUUCACUUGAAGGCAUAGAGGCAAUAAAAAACGGGGGUUCAAGGGAAAUUAGUAUCUUGUAGAGCUUUUCAUUGCGAAUUGAACGGUCUAAUCAAAAAAGCACAGACAUGAGUACUUUUGAAAAAAACAAACGUAAGUUUAUUUUCCCGUCUUCUAAUUUUGAAAUACGCUUUGGAUCGGUGUACAGAAAACUGUUUACAGUAGCCGUACACGCGAAGUUCGUGUCAUUAGACUCGCAUUUUGCGAGAAUUUUUCAAAAAAAUUUUAUAUAUCAAAAAGAUAAAAUAAUAAAAAGGGAAAAAUCCGAACUCCGAAGAAGUUCAGAUACCUGGCGUUGCCGUCCGAACAGAACAUGGCGUCGGUGUCGGCCACGACUCGGACUCUCUUCCGAGCGGCCAACUUCACGUCGGGCGACGGCGAGUCCGACCUCGAGAUCACCUCCAGCGGCUUCCAGUUCCUGCUGCUCAGCCCCGUGGAGCAGAUGUGGACUUAUAUCCUCGGUUUUGAUCCGAUUCAAGCUGUGGAACUUCUGGAAUUUCUUUUAAGAGUACUUCAAAUUGGAGAUCAGCAAUGGAUACGACAUCGUCGAGUUGUUAGAGCUCCUCAUACAGAUCGUUUUAUGCGCGACCAAAGGUAUGCUUCCGGAAUCUGUAAAGCUCAUUCUGAUAUGGAUGAUGAUGAUAAGAAUGAUAAUUAAUGUGAAAUCAGAAAAAAAUAUUUUUCAUAAGCCUAGGCGUUACUGAGAUAAAAAGAAAAAGGUCAGAAAUUUGGGAAAUCCAGUUUGUGAGAAACAGUAUCUGAAUCCGAUUCUUUAAAAAUAAAUUUGGAUUUUGAAUUUUUUUUUUCCCGGAAAGUUUUAUGAAGAAGACUUUCUAAGAGAAAAAUCCCGAAUUUCAAUUUUUUCUAGUUUUUCUCCCGAAAAUUUUACGAGAAAGUUCAAUUUUUUCGUCCUUCAACAAUUAUCGACAAGUUUGAUCAAUGUUUACUGAAAACUUUGUGGUGAAAGGAUUGGAGAACUAGAAAUUUCUAUGAAUAUCAGUUUUUUAAAUGUCACGUUAGUCUUUAUGCCCUUAAUAUGUAGUCGAGUUUGAAUUUCGAGGCUUUGAACCUGGACAGCGGUCCUACGUACUUGACGAAAACUGGAGUGAACGCCAAACGGAGUUGAUCAACCAUCUCCGAGAGUUGGGAGUCAUCUUUAUUCGAAAAAGGAAAGAUGGGUAAGCGAUGACUUCCACAGAAAAUUCCAACUUCUUCUCAGUAUCUUCUUCCUGACGCCUCUUGUUCUGUACCUGGCUUCCCGAGAAGAUUCGGAGACGGCGAUUGAGAGGACGGCGCACGGAAGCAUCAUCGUCGAGACCAACUUCCGGCUCUACGCCUACACUUCUUCGCCUCUCCAGCUCGCCAUUCUGUCUACUUUCACCGAGAUGACCUACAGGUUCUCAUUGGCUUUUGAGCAGUCAGUCUAGCCCAAUAUAAAGAUCUGUCAGAAAUUUUUUUUGAUCGCAACUUGCUUGCAUGGAGUUUUUAUUAAAAUCUUUUUGAAACUUUCUGGAGUUUUGGUCGCUGUUAUAUGUAAAAACAUAGUGAAACUUCGAUUCUCACUAGGGAACUACUCGGACUCGGGGUACGCGUUUCGAGUUGGAACUUUGGUGGCUUAUAGACCCGGGUAAGAGAACUUGGAAACAAGAGAGAUUAUCUGCUAAACUCCAUAGGCUUCUGAGAAAAAGCUUUUUGAAAAUGAACAUUUUAGGCUUGAAAAUUAUCAAAUUAUUGCUUUCCUCCUUCUUUUGGCUGAAAAAAAGUUUUUUAGAGUUCAUAAUAGCCGCAUCAUUCGAAGCGACUGUAUUAAAAUAUAAGAUAAGGUAGAAAUCAGUAUUCUGAAAAUUUUCAGGCCUAAUUUUUACAUUUUCUACUAAUUUUUUUCCAGUUCUAUAUUGGGUUUAGCAGAUAUUCUCACUUUUUUUCAAGCAAUCUCACUUAGGUCUACAAACCAAUUAAGUUUGAACUCGAUCCGCGUAACCGAGUCCGAGUAGUUCCCUAGUCAGAGAAAAAUCUGCCAUUGUACAUCUCUCUCCAAAAGUUAAAAAAAAAUACGUUUUUGAUAAUUAGAUUAAUAUUUUUUUAAAAAGUUUUACUAUUUUUCAGAUAUUGAUGAUGAUAAUAUGUUUGAACAAAAUCAAAGUGUAUAUCGAACUGCGAUUUCAAAUCAAUAAAAAAAUUGUUUCGAGAAAAGUUAGAAUCAGCACAAUGUGAGGUAGUUGACUCGUGGGAAAGCCUGAAUUUUCAAGUUACAUUUUGAAAAACAAAACCAAGUAGUUUCGAAACUUACUGUCCUUCGAGCAUCUUCAUAGGAAACCGGCAAAAUAUUGUAUUAAAGUAAUCUUUUUCGAAAUUAUACAUUUUUCGGUCCAACCUGUAGAACCGACACGACGCCUCUUUGAAAGAAAUUAUUUUUCCGCAGGCUGGUCAUUUUCCAGCAAGUUAAUUGUUUUCAGAUUCAACGACAUGUCGGUAGGAAUUUUGACGAGGGAAUCAGUUCGUAGAGCCUUGCAAGUCUGUUUCUGAUCAAGAAGAUCAAAUUCUCUCAAAUGGCCGUUCAGGUCGGCAUUACGGCGUCACAAAUCGUCUCGUUCUUGCGGACGAAUGCCCAUCCCCAGUGCUUGGCCAGCAGUGGACCCUUGAACUGUCUUCCUGUUACGGUAAUCAAAAUUCACCUGGAUGGCUUCUAGAGGUGAAGUUCAGGUUUCUGAUCAAAUCCGACUGUGGGAGGACGAGCGGAGGAGGCUCAACCUCACGGAUUCUGUGCUCUAUUCGACUUUCGAGAGCGAAAACGAGUUCAUUGGUGCGUUUAACUUCUUUUUUUGUUCAUUUCGUUCCGCAUUUUUGAAGAACUCUUUUACGAUUUCACAUUUAGUGAACUUUCUUCGGAAUGCGUGAGAGUGCUCUGAUGAUUUAAAAAGGAACUGAAAAGUUCAUUUUCAGCGCUUUUUCACCUUUUCUCGCUGGAUUUUCUUAUCGGCUUCUCGAUCUCUUUUUUUGAGCUUUUUUUGCCGUCGUUCUCCUCUCACAAAUGAAAUUUUGAAAAAAAAUUUUUUCGAGAAGGUAUUGCCAAACUUCUUCUUUUUUGGCAGACUUGAAUUCUAGCUCAUUUUGGAGUUUGAUGAAAAAAAAAGUUCAGUUUUUGUUCGAGAAGCAGAAUGUUAAAUCAACUCGCGAAAAUGUUUUUUUCUGAAUAGAGAAAGGAAAUGAAUAAGUGAAAAAAAUUAGCAUUUUGCGCAUGACUAAUUUUUGUAGAAGCGCGUGUAAAUAACAACUUUUUACUUUGAUUUUUUUGGCUUUUAAUUUUCGGAUAUCAUUUCGUUUAGAAAUGAUUGAAAAAUCUUAUAAAUUUUUAAAUGAAAGCGUUCUUAAUAAUUUCUUCGUUUCGUGAAGUUAUGAAAAAAAUAAAAAAAUUUUUAGUACGAAAAAAAUAGCUGGAUAAGUCUUUUCUCAUCUAUGAAGAUGUACUCAAAAAUGUCUUCCCAAUUUUUCGCGAUUUCAACAUUAAUCAUUGAACUCUCAUUGUGAAAACAUGAAAUAUUUUAAUUCUCGCAGGCGUGCGUGACUUUGCCGCGAGCGAGGGUAUUCUGAUGUGGGCCGACAGCGUCCAGAAGCUCGUGAUCGUCACGGAGGAAGGUCACGACCGCGUCAAGCAAUGGUGGAAGGCCAACAAGCGGUGA